AUGGCAAAAAAUGUCCCACAGGCUUUGACGGACUUCAAGGAAUCAGAAUUUCUGCAGCUCAGACAGGGGAACAUGUCACUUACUGAUUAUGAAAGACAAUUUGAGCAGCUCUCAAGGUAUGCCCCGCACUUGGUGGAUACAGAAGUUAAGAAGAUUAGGAGGUUCGAGAAUGGACUGCGCCCUGAGAUCGGCAUGAUCAUUAUGUCCCAUCGUUUCACCUCAUAUCGUGAAAUGUUGGAGAGGACUCAUGCUAUUUCAUAUCAGAGGACCUCAUUUAAACAGUAUGCCCAACAGAGCAAGGAGUCGUUGGGGAAAAGGAAGUGGAGUGAUCAAAGUAAGAACAUACACAACUGGCAGAAUAAAAGGCCAAGCACAGGAAUUCGCAUUGGUGGGACGAGUGGAAGUAUUACCCCCUAUCCUAAGUGUAAUAAACUCCACAUGGGUGAAUGUUGGUUCGGGAAGAACGUGUGCUUUAGGUGUGGUAUUCUGUUAUUAUCCAAUGUGCUUGCUUACAUACUUUUUGAUUCGGGGGCAACCAAUUCUUUUAUAUCUGCAUCCUUCGUCGCCAGGUCCAACUUUGCAUCUGUGAGAACAAAUAAUGAAUUAGAGGUUAGCAUUCUGUCAGGAAAAACUCUUUGCACAAACCAGAUGACUAAGUCUAUGAAGUUAGAGAUUGAUGGGAAAAUAUUGGAGGUAGACUUAUACCUCUUGGAAAUGAAAGAUUUUGAUGUUAUCUUGGGCAUGGAUUGGUUAGGACUUAAUCAUGCAAGCAUUCGAUGUCAUGAAAAAGAAGUGCUAUUUCAUAGACCGUGA